ACUUGGCAGUAAAAAGGGCAUUCGAUCAGCCCAUCCCCCAAAAUGUCUGAAACAUUAUCUAGACUGUUGAUAAUCACAGCCGGAACACUGUAUCCGGCGUAUAGAAGUUAUAAGGCAGUCCGAACAAAAGACACACGAGAGUACGUAAAAUGGAUGAUGUAUUGGAUUGUAUUUGCCAUUUACUCAUUUCUUGAAAACCUCCUGGAUUUAGUCUUAGCCUUCUGGUUCCCGUUCUAUUUCCAGUUGAAGAUUGUCUUCAUUUUUUGGCUGCUAAGUCCAUGGACGAAAGGAGCAUCUAUUUUGUACAGAAAAUGGGUCCACCCAACACUCAACAGACACGAGAAGGACAUUGACGCGCUGCUGGAAUCGGCAAAAUCAGAAUCGUAUAAUCAGUUAAUGCGAAUCGGAAGUAAAAGCCUGGUAUAUGCAAAGGAUGUGGUGGCAGAAGCUGCAGUUCGGGGACAGCAGCAGUUAGUGAAUCAGCUUCAAAGAUCCUACAGUGCUAACGAUGUUGGCUCAGAACGUGAAGCUCUCACGAAAAACAUUAACAUUGUGAAAAUCGAGGAGCUGGACGAGAACAGUGACACAGAUCUCCAAAAAUCGCCCCGCCCACGUCGUCGAGCUUCUUCGAGAUCUCGUUCAAGAUCAAGGACUAUCGAUAGUGGAGCUGAUAGUGAAUUUACAACUGCUGCUACAAUUCCACGCAGAUCCGCCAGGAAACCAAUUCAUUGAAAAGCAGCAACCGACAUCUCCCAGGAUUAGGGUAUCCUACGCAAAAUCAGCCAAACGAGUCGGGACAUGGGUUACACUUUUUUUGAAUUUUUAUUUGUAAUGGGAUAAUUGAAAUAUAAUUUUGAUAAAAUUCCAAAAAUGUUAAAAUUUUUUGAAAUUUCAUCAAAAUAAAAAUAUUUAAAAAAAAGACCCCAUGUCCCAUUUCCCCAUCACAUAAUAGCUUAGAACUUCGCCCCUUUCUUGGAAAAUCCGACCUAAUCUACGUGUCACACAUAUAUUGAUUGGAAUUUGCAAUCAAGACGAGAUAGAUUUUCAAACGAUUUUUCCAAGUAAUUGUCUUAUUAUUUUUGUGCCUUCCAAAUCUUCCAAUCUUCCUCAAAACUUUCCCCCCUCUAUCAUUUCCUUUUUCAGUUCCUCAGUUUCUUUGAAAUUUGUAAAUAUUUCCAUUUUUUGCCAAUUUUUUUUUCAAUUUUUUGUAUUUAUGAUCAAAAUCCGCCAAAUUCUCACAAGAUACACUUAAUAAAUUUUCGGAUG